ACGCGAAAAGUUUCAAUGGAUAGAGACUACGCAAGAAGAUUUGAUGGUGAGGUCCGUCAAAGAGUUGAUGAGAAGGAUCUUAAUGCUGGAAUAAAUUGUUACCCAUUGUGCCAAACAUUAGACCAAACAUUGGGUAAUAUAAUUGUUUUAUCUCAAUGUGGCUGGCCAUAUUGGCGCGAUCGGAUGUUUCGGCCAGUAGUCAUACCACUAAUUAAAAAAUGUGGAGGAUUAAUUUACCCAGAUCUAUUGAGAUUUGUAAACA